AAAUCAAUAGAAGAUGGAAUAACAUCAAAAUAAUUUGAUUUAAAAUGUAAUCGCAUACAUAACAAAACAGUCAAAACCAUCCUAAACAUUUGCUUUCAAACACACAGUUGUUAAUCUAUAAUGGACCUUAUACAAUACGACUGCGCUCCAGAGCGUCCCCUUAUAAUAGUGACGAUACUUUAUACCACAGCACUGACGGUGUCUACUUCUAAUCAAAAUAUACUGGUACAGAAAUCUACGUGUGACCCAUUGAUUCCAUUUGGUGAAUGCCUACUAGGUGAAUAUGAAGGUCAACACCAAGUAAAUUCGAACACCACGUAUUUACAAUAUUCAAUUUCUUUCAUUGUUGCAUUACUAGCAGGAGCAUGGAGCGAUAGUCAUGGUAGAAAACGCAAACCUUUGAUUUUCAUACCAAUUAUCGGACAAAUUAUAACCGACGGAUUAAACUUUGUGAAUCACUUUUGGUUUUGGCCUUCAGCAUUUAAUGUAAUCUUUACAUCAAUUAUUCCUGGAUUGUAUGUUGGUCGAAAUAUGUUUUGGAUUGGUGUGAUGUCAUAUGUAUCGGAAAAUUCAAAAUUUGAAGGUAGAACUCUAAAACACGGGAUAAUUAUUACAAUAUAUACCUUUAGUUUGAUAAUAGGGUGGGGUUUAAUAGCAAUUUUUAAAAAAAGCACCGAUUAUUUACAUCGGUAUUUAUUAUUUUUGGUACCGAUAUUGUUUAAUUUGUUUGCCAUAUUGAUUGGCUAUUUGUAUAUUGAGGAUAAUUCUGAUACUUAUGACAGCAAUAUUACAUGGUUGAGACCACACUCUGUACUCAGAAGUUUCAUUGAUUUAUUUAAAAACAAAUUUAAAGGAUUUUCUAUCAUACUAGCAACAUUAAUAAUAUGCCAAUCAAUCAUAGUAGCAAGAAUAGGAAGUGAAUAUGAAAUAAUAAUGCAGUAUAUAAGUAAAUCAUUUAUGUGGUACAAUGAAGAUUAUGUUUAUUUUAGUGUUAUCAAAAUGUUGGCAAUAAUUUUUGGUACUAUGUUUUCAGUAUUUUUAUUGAGUUACCAUAUGAAAAUAAACGAUCUUGUUAUUGGAAUUGCAGCUUGCAUUAUUUAUAUCAUUGCUGCAGUUUUAUACGUUAUUUCAAAUCAAUUAUGGAAAAUUUUUAUUAUUGCUGUGGUGUAUUUAGGUCACGGUAGUGUUGUAACUAUUACAAGUUCAUUAACAUCUAAAAUGAUAGAUAACAAUCAGCUUGGGCGAUUUUAUUCUAUUCAAACCUGUAUGAACUCUGCCUCGACAUUUUGUUUAAUUACUGUAUACAAGAUCGUAACUAAAACUGAUAACAUGUUUUCUACUGAAUUUGGUCAUUUUUGUUUAAUGAUUUUUAUGUAUGUCAUUCUAACUAUACCUAUUUUAUUUGUGUUUAUAACUGUAUAUUCUAAGUACAAAAACUUCUGGAUAAGGGAUACUGCAAGAACAAGACGACAGGCUAUAUAUGAUAUAAAUACUUAAUUUAUUUAUUUUAUAAUUAAUAAUGUAAUAAUUUAUAUAAGAUUAUGAAUAAGU